UAUCUCAGUAAGUCAUACCUUCGCUCUAGUAGUUGCGCCUUGUUAGUUUCCUGCUUCUAGCUUCAAGUCCGGUCGUUAGUAGCGGCUACAUCUCUGGGACUUUUUCCUUUGGCUUAGUCCACACAUUUUUGGACAUCCAUCAGUAUGUGGUAGCAGUGGUCAGGUGAAAUUUCCAAAUAUCCGACUAGCUCUAGCACUACCAGAGACUACUAUUCCCACACUGCUCCCCCUUGAAAGUCUCUUCCUGGAGAAUUUCUAUUUUACUUGACCGCCUUCCUGCGAGCGUGUUCAUCAUGCACAUCUCACGCGUCGCCCUCGUUCCUACCUUGCUGGCAGUUGCUGGCAGUGCAUUUCCGCUAAACACCAGAACUGUUAAUGCGACACUGUUUGUCAGUGAGGCCACCAAGCCCUUCUCUGACCAUUACACCAGCGUCGUGGGAGAUGGAGAAUAUACCGCCACUGCACACGAAACACCGACGACCACCUCGUUUUCAGUCUCUAUCUUCGAAUCCUCCACUGGCAGCACUCCGCCUUUCCCAACAGCCAUCAUUGCUCCUCCACCUUUUCCCAACAUCAACAUAACCAAGCACACCACACAAAACUCAACCCUUAAUUCCAACAGUUAUCUUUUUAACCCCCUCGUACUCGACACCAUCCGCUCUAUCCUCGAAACCUACAACGUCCAGUAUGGACCUCCCACAGAGACGGAGAGAGAAUCGUUGCCAGCUCGCGAGCAAAUCAUGCUCGACAAUCUCUUCCAUUUGACUGAACUCCUACCUUGCGAGGAGAGAGCAGCCGCAGAGACCAUAGCCGAGUUGGUACUUCAGAAAGCUAUGCGCGCAAAUGUCAUGCCUGAGGCUGAGGACUUGGACAGUGAGGAGAUUGGUAAAGUAGUGAGAAUCGUCGAGUCAAUAACUAGCGAACUCUUCCACGUCGUCGAUGACGGGGAUUCGAACUACCCUCUCACAUUUCAAGUCUGCAACGCUCGCGGCACGGAUGACGAGGCUGCUUCAAAUAACCUCCACGCUCUCGUUCCGCGCUCUCCAAAGUCGAAAUCGAAGUGGAAGUCGAAGUCGAAGAAACCAACGAUCUGCCCCGACGGCUCGGUCCUUCCAGCUACAGCUGAACAAGGCAGUCCGCCUCUGAAAGAAUGGCAAUUGGCGCAAAAGCAAGAUAGGGAGCUCAAGAAGCAUUUGAAGAAGAAGGAGAAGAGCGAUAAGACGAGGGAUCAUAUGAGGAUUGUCAGUACGACUUUUGCGUCGAUUUCGUGUGUGAUCAGUCCGGCUACUUGCCCAAUCUUAGCUGUUAAGGGAAUUCUUUAGGAGCUUGGAUACAGGUGGUGCUUCGGUAAUGCGAUUUAAGCGAGGGUAUUGUGCUAUAUGUUGCUUCAUACUGGAGAGAUUUAGAUUUGGAUGUCUUAUUUCAGAUUUCUACAUCCUACGAGCGAUCAUUAGAAUGCGUCACUCAUUCUUUGCUGUAAUUGAAGCUUGAAUGGGCUUAUCCGCUAACAGAGUACCAUCAGAUCGCCAAGGCAUUUAGACGUACAAGUCAAUAAAUAAAUAGUCAAUUUCCAGA